AUGAAAGCUAAAGGAAUUGUCACACAGGGGAAGGGGACAGCAAGCAAAGAAGAAGCUCUUGCCGUAAGAAGUGCUCUACUGAUGGCCAAACAAGCAGGAUGGACAAAAAUUAUAGUCCAUACAGACUGCAAAUCAGUGGUUGAGCAGAUCAAUAGAGGCAGUGAGUAUGACUACAGUACUGCAACUAUCUUAGAAGACGUACAAGAACUUAGUUUAGGCUUUGAAAGAUGUUCUUUUGUGUUUAUCGCUAGAACUGAAAAUCAAAUCAGCCAUGCACUAACACUAUAUGCAGUAAAGCUAGUACAUGAUAUUGACUGGGAGCAUGAUUUUUCGAUAUGGCUGACUGACUUAGUUAAGAAGGAUAUGAGGACUACAGGACCAUGA